UUAUAUGGACACGACUCACCGACGGAGGACGACAACAUGGCGGCCUCCUUGCGCCUCGGUCGUCAAGGGAUUUUAUUUGGCCUCAGAUUAUCUAAAUUUAAUAAAUGUUUGUGGGCAACACAUCCAUGGCAGGAGCAGGUCAGAAGCUUCUUUCAGUCCCCAUGGUUCCUCGGUGUCAGCGCACUCAAGGUGCAAAUGCCUGCUCUCUCCCCCACCAUGGAGGAGGGAAACAUUGUCAAAUGGCUGAAGAGGGAAGGUGAGGCUGUGGCAGCAGGUGAUGCCCUCUGUGAGAUCGAGACGGACAAGGCUGUCGUUACUAUGGAAUCCAAUGAUGAUGGGGUCUUGGCGAAGAUAUUGAUGGAGGAGGGCAGUCGCAACGUGCGCCUGGGAACCCUUAUCGCCCUCAUGGUGGAGGAAGGGCAGGACUGGAAGCAGGUUGAGAUCCCCCCUCCAGACGCUGCAGCUCCAUCCGCAGCUCCACCUGCUCCAGAGGCAGUCACUGCCCCAGCUGUCGCCCCCAUUGCUGCCCCCACUCCACCCCCUCCACCAGCAGCAGCUACAUCAGGACCGUUACGCCUGAGUCCAGCAGCAAGGCAUAUCCUGGACACCCAUGGUAUAGACCCAAAACUGGCAACACCCACCGGACCAAGGGGACUUAUCACCAAGGAAGAUGCGUUGAAUCUCCUGAAGACAUCUCCUGCUGCCAAACCAGCUCCAGCUACAGCUGCCCCGCCUCCCCCGAGUCCAGCCCCUACCCCAGCAGCUCCCCCUCCACCCCCAGGCAGCAGACCCAAUAUACCGCCUCUCUCCAUACCAGGGAAACCAGGAGCACCUGGUACAUUCACAGAGAUCCCUGCCACCAAUGUCCGCCGUGUGAUCGCUCAAAGGCUCACACAAUCAAAGACCACCAUCCCUCACGCGUACGCCUCAGUUGACUGUGACAUGGCUGCUGUCAUGCAUCUCCGCAAAGACUUAGCCAAAGAACAAAUCAAAGUGUCCGUUAAUGAUUUCAUUAUAAAGGCAGCAGCUGUUACACUGAAAGAAAUGCCCGAGGUGAAUGUGACUUGGUCUGGUGAUGGACCCCAGGCGCUUGAUUCAAUCCAUAUUUCAAUCGCAGUGGCCACAGACAAAGGCCUCAUCACCCCUAUCAUCAAGGAUGCUGCAAACAAAGGAGUCCAAGAGAUCUCAGCUAGUGCUAAGGCACUGGCCCAGAAGGCUCGAGAUGGGAAACUUCUACCUGAGGAGUAUCAGGGCGGCUCAUUCAGCAUAUCCAACCUCGGGAUGUUCGGUAUCAGCGGCUUCAGUGCUGUGAUCAACCCCCCUCAGGCAUGUAUCCUCGCCGUUGGGACCUCCAGGUCUGAGCUGCGACUGUGCGAGGAGGACCAGUCCCUGCGCACCCAGCAGCUGAUGAGAGUUACACUUUCUAGUGACGGACGGCUGGUCGAUGACGAAUUAGCCUCCAGGUUUCUAGAUAAAUUCAGAGAAAAUCUAGAAAAACCGCAACGUAUGGCCCUGGCCUGAAAAAAAAAAAAGCAACACAGCUGUUUGUAAGUGGGAAAAAAAAAAAAAAAAAGAAAACAAAGCAAGAAAUACCUUCAUUAGAAAGUCUGGCUUAUGCUUUCAUAACCAAAGCAGAUUCCUUCUCAUGCUUGGAUUAAGGCUUGUACAUAGUGUAAACUUCUGUAGUGGCUUACUUCUGACAGAUGAUUACCAGGCUUUGUGAUGGAAGGUGUUUAACUGGUCCUCUGUGGAUGGAAGAUUUUAGCAGUGCUGCCAAACAUUAUAAAGGAGAAUCGAAAAACCUGUAAUAUCACACUAUUGUUGUAUAUAUAUAUUUCAAAUUUUAUUUUUCAGUCCCAUUGAAUAUGAUGUUUCACUGUUAACACUCCUGUAAAAACUAUGUUCAUUGGUCAGAGAUAUUUAUUACUGAAUAUCAGAAGUUUCUAACAAGAUGACCCAAAAUCAAGCAGGUAAAUUAACUGUUCAUGUUAAUAUGUUUUAACUUAUUUUCAAGCUAAUCUUAAACCCAUGUGUGUACAACAUACAUUACAAUAGUGUAGAUUUUGGAUCCUUAGACACCAAUAAAACACAUCGUUCAUCUCUGA